CAUUGUUAAGCCUAUUUCUCUCAUUUUCUUUCUCUUUUCUUGUCCCUGUAAUCCCCUCUUUUCUCUUCUUCUGCUGAAAUUUUCUUUUUCCAUUUUUUUAUUCUUUUUCGAUCGGAUUUGUAGAUGUUUGAUCUCCUCGUGUCAGUGAAUCCUAGGGAAUUCCUUUGAGAUGUCUUAUAAAAUUGCCCAGAUUCGUCUUGUGAGUUCUCAUCCUGAGGUUUAUGAGCCCUGCGAUGAUUCAUUUGCAUUAGUCGAUGCACUUUUAUCCGAUCGGAACAAUUUGUUGGAACUCAAACCGAUGUUAUGUAUGGAAGUGGGUUGCGGAAGUGGUUAUGUUAUCACUUCUUUAAUGCUUAUGCUUGGGGAGGAAGCUAAUGGGGCUCAGUUUAUUGCCACCGAUAUCAAUCAUCAUGCUAUUAGAGUGACUCAGGAAACAAUGGAAUCGCACGGAGUUUAUGCAGAAUUGAUAAAUACCGACAUUGCAUCUGGGUUAGAGAAUCGUCUGGCUGGUUCAGUUGAUCUUCUUGUUGUUAAUCCACCUUAUGUGCCAACACCUGAAGAUGAAGUGGGUCGUGAAGGGAUUGCCUCAGCUUGGGCAGGAGGAGAGAACGGUCGAAGUGUGAUCGAUAAGAUUUUGCCUGUUGCAGAGAAGCUUUUGUCGAAACGGGGUUGGUUGUACAUGGUUACUCUUACAGCAAAUAAUCCGUCACAGAUAUGCCGACAGAUGAUGAAGAAGGGAUAUGCUUCAAAAAUUGUUGUCCAAAGAUCAACAGUGGAAGAGAGUUUACAUAUCAUCAAGUUCUGGAAAGAUAACGAUAUUGAGGCGGACACAAAUGACACGAUAACAAACAGUAAAGCAGUCCCUCUAGGGAUCGUGGACUCUGUCCGUUCGCAGAUACAACGAUUGUCAUUUUGGGGAAGUAGUGACAUUAACACCACCACCAAUUGAUCUGUGAAACUGAGGGGAAGUUUUUAUCUAAUGAUAUGGAUCUUUUGGUAAUGUGGUUUCCUUGUAUUUCUGGGUUAAUCUAUUUCGAGUGUUCUUCCUUAUAGGUGUCGGUUAUUCUUUUUUCACCCACUUUCCAAAGGCGGACCGGACCAUACAAAAGGGCUGAACUGAACUGAACUGAACAUCGCUGAUAUCAUGAAUAUCACUCUUAAGACUUGUUUUUCUUUGGUGGUUAAUUUUCUUCCAUGUUUAUAUAUAGAGAGCGCAUUUUAAGCUCAGGGUUAAUGAAUUGGUGAAUGACAUUUGAUUUUUGGGUAAA